AACAGCAGAGGGUGGCCCAGGUGGAAACCUCGUUUCCUAAAUGGGGUUAUUAUGAAGGCCUGGUGGAGGGAGGUGACGUUAGAGCAGCAAUCAGCCCAGGGGAGGCACCCCGGGCGGAGGGAGCCACAGGAACAAAGGUUGGGCAGAGGAACCCGCAUGGCGUGUGAGCAGAGUGAGCCGGUUCGCUGGAGCCUUGACAGCUCCCGUUGUCACUGCUGAAGACGGCUCAGAAUCACCCCAUGUUGGUAGAGCUUAAAAAUGGUGAGACGUACAACGGGCACCUUGUAAGCUGUGACAACUGGAUGAACAUCAACCUGCGCGAGGUGAUCUGCACGUCCAGGGAUGGAGACAAGUUCUGGCGGAUGCCGGAGUGCUACAUCCGUGGCAGCACCAUCAAGUACCUACGCAUCCCUGACGAGAUCAUCGACAUGGUCAAGGAAGAGGUGGUGGCCAAAGGUCGUGGUCGUGGUGGCCUGCAGCAGCAGAAGCAGCAGAAAGGCCGUGGCAUGGGGGGUGCCGGGCGAGGUGUGUUUGGCGGCCGGGGCCGAGGCGGGAUCCCAGGCACGGGCAGAGGCCAGCCGGAAAAGAAGCCGGGCAGGCAGACGGGCAAGCAGUGAGGCGGCCUUGCAGCCCCUGGGGACUUGAGCGCCCCCACUCCAGGCUGCAUGUCUGCUCCAGUCCACAAGUCUGUUCAGGACGGAAAUGAGAGGCAGGUGGUAGGGGGACCCCCCACCUGUGCGUUUUGUGAUCCUCUUCUAUGUCAAGUCCUUUUUUUAAUCCAGCAUUUCAACAGUUGGAAGUGUUAUUUGGUGUUUCUGAUUUUGUGAAGUUGCAGCCAACUUGAUUCCUGGAAGUUUCUGUGCGUUACGGCAUCUUUAGAGCCCUUGCCCUUGUGUGUUAAGGGGCCACUUCCCAAACAGUUUUGUUUUGUAUCUUUUGUGGGAUCCCUGUGGCAAACGGGCAGGUUGUUUUCCUUUUACACUCUUUGCACAGAGAUUGACAGUCCAUGGCGUUUUCCUGAAACACAGAUCUGAGGUGGUCUUUUCAGAACAAAUCUGGACAGACAGGUGCCUCAGAAGCUGCUGUGGGGAUGUGGCUGGGCCCUGCCCCUCUGCCUCCCUCCCUUUUUGUGUUACAAAAAUAAAAACAACACACAACUACAAAGUGCAAAUCCAAAAUUCCUUUCGAGCCACUGGGCACAUACAGCGUGUGGUGACCUCGGGAAAUCACAGCCCUGUAAGGGGUUUCCUUUUGAGGGCUGUGGCCCAUCUUACUAAGAGUAGGUUUUUCGUUUUUGUUUUUUU